AAUACGCUUCCGUAGCAUUCUGGGCCUUCUUUGCCGCUGCUACACCACCCCUUUUAAAUGAUGAGUUUUAGUUCGGGUUCAUUCUUUGUUCAUUUUUAGCACAAAAUGGCGGCUGCUGCUGGGGAUUCCGCUUCUGCAAACGCGGAAUUCGUCAGCCAGCGCCGCGCCUCAGCCACGCAGAUCAACCCGGGCGAAAUCAGCCGGCCGAUGAAUCUUCAGAGGAUCGCUCAGAGAAAAACGCAGGUCAGAAACUACCCGAAGACGAAGAAGCUGGAGAAGUUGGGCGUGUACUCAAGUUGCAAGGCUGAUGACUCUUGUAAGUGUAAUGGAUGGAAGAACCCCAAUCCACCCCCGACGCCCACACAGCCCAGCCGUCUGGACAUUGCCACGCCCCUCGCCAGUUUGUCGGACCCUUGCAGGAGCUGCAGCCAUCAGCUGGCUGCCCAUGUUUCCCAUCUGGAGAACGUUCCAGAUGAAGAAAUCAACCGUCUCCUUGGAAUUGUCGUUGACGUUGAGAACCUCUUCCUCUGUGUUCACAAAGAGGAGGAUGCAGACACCAAGCAGGUCUACUUCUACCUCUUCAAACUCUUGAGGAAAUGCAUCCUUCAAAUGAGCAAACCGUCCGUGGAAGGCCCGCUGGGUAGCCCACCAUUUGAGAAACCAAGUAUCAACAAGGGUGUCACCAAUUUCGUCGUCUACAAGUUUGGCCACCUCCCCCAGAAGGACUGGCAGACAAUGUACGACCUGGCCAAGAUGUUCCUGCAUUGCCUGAACCACUGGAAGCUGGAGACACCCACCGUCAGAAAGCAGAGGGCCCAGACGGACGACGUGGCCGCUUACAAAGUCAACUAUACAAGAUGGCUGUGUUACUGCCACGUGCCUGCGUUCUGCGACAGCCUCCCCCGCUACGAGACCACCCACAUCUUCGGCCGGUCCCUCCUCCGGUCCGUCUUCACUGUCAUGAGGCGGCAGCUCCUGGACAAGUUCCGCGCCGAGAAGGAAAAGAUGCCUCCGGAGAAACGCACCCUGGUGCUCACUCACUUCCCAAGGUUCUUAUCUAUGUUGGAAGAGGAAGUCUAUGGGCCAAGCUCACCGAUCUGGGACCCUGACUUCUCCCCUAUGCCUGGCAGUAUGCCUCUUCCUGCAACUUCGCCAACACCUGACAGCUCAAGUCCGACAGCAGUCUUGGCCCCACCGUCCACCAGCGUGCUCACACCAGGCCGUAUCACCGUCUCAUCCACCACAGCUACGGCGCCCUCGUUGACCGACAAUGGUACCACAUUUAACCUCAGUCCUGGCCUAGCCGGUAUCAAGAAAUCGGGGAAGGCUGGCGACGCCGAUGAAGCAACUACCGAUAAAGUAUCGGAGAAGAGAAAGUCAGAUGACUCGGAGACAAUUGAAGAUGCGAAAAGACAGAGACUUCUAGAAGAGGAUAUUCCAAUGAAGGUUGUGAGUGAAGUGCUAUCAACAAUCACUGAUCCUGCAGCCAUGGUGGGCCCAGAGAGUAGCCUGUUCUCAGCGCAUGCAGCCCGUGACGAGGCGGCACGUAAUGAAGAACGUCGUGGGGUCAUAGAGUUCCACGUCAUCGGUAACUCCAUCACACGUAAGCCGUCCCGCCAGACGCUCAUUUGGCUGAUCGGUCUGCAAAACGUCUUCUCCCACCAGCUGCCCAGAAUGCCCAAGGAGUAUAUCACCAGAUUGGUAUUUGACACCAAGCACAAGACCUUAGCCCUGGUCAAGGAUGGCCGGGUCAUAGGUGGCAUCUGCUUCCGCAUGUUCCCCACCCAGGGCUUCACAGAGAUCGUCUUCUGUGCCGUGACCUCCAACGAGCAGGUCAAAGGUUACGGGACCCACCUCAUGAACCACCUGAAGGACUACCACAUCAAGCACGGCUUGCUGCACUUCCUGACAUUUGCUGAUGAGUACGCCAUCGGAUACUUUAAGAAACAAGGUUUUUCUAAGGAGAUCAAGCUGCCCAAGUCUGCGUACGUUGGUUACAUCAAGGACUAUGAGGGCGCUACAUUGAUGGGCUGCCAGCUCAACCCGCGCAUCCCGCACACGGAGUUCUCCCAGAUCAUCAGGCGACAAAAAGAGAUUGUCAAGAAGCUGAUCGAACGGAAACAAGAGGAGGUGCGCAAGGUGUACCCGGGGCUGACUUGCUUCAAGGAAGGAGUGCGACAGAUACCCCUAGAGAGCAUCCCAGGCCUGGUUGAGGCUGGUUGGAGGCCACCCAAGGAGAAACCACCGCCCACAAAACUUUGCAAUAUGACUGAAGAUCAGGUGUUCCAACUGUUCAAGACGGUCCUGACUGCUACAAAGAAUCACACCAGUGCAUGGCCAUUCCUGAAACCUGUUGAGGCUAUCGAAGCACCAGACUACUAUGACCACAUUAAGUACCCUAUGGAUUUGAAGACAAUGACUGAAAGAUUGAAAAACAAGUACUACUGCUCCAAGAAGCUGUUCAUUGCUGACAUGCAGCGGAUCUUUAGCAACUGCCGGGCCUACAACGCGGCCGACACGGAGUACGUCAAGUGCGCCAACACGCUGGAACGCUUCUUCUUCAACAAGAUACGAGAAUUUGGCAUCAUAGAAAAAUGAAAUUAAAAAGUACCAGGCUUUUGCCUCUGUGGACAUUUGAAAUAAUCUGCACACUGUGCUUUAGGUUUUUUUGGUUUUUUUUGGUGAAGAAAUGAUCUUCAGGACUUGUAUCUUAAAUCAACUGUUGAACAGCUUUGAACUUGUUUAUUUAUUCUUGGUGAAAAUAAUACUGUUAGGUAAAUUCUAUCACUAGCCUGCAGCUUAAGCUUUGCUCGGAUUCAUUUGAGAAAGAAAUUGCAAAAGAGGAUUGGAAGAUACCACGGAAUCAAGUAGGAACUGAUCAUACUGAUGACAACUCAAUCUACUAAAUGCUGAAGGUUGGGUUUCCAGUUGGACUCGACAGAGAAUUAUAGUAGGGGAUGUGCUUUUAAUAUUUGGCAGAGUUACUGGGUUUCUGCAGAGCAAAGUCAGCGGUGCAUUAUGUCCAUGAGCAACAGGCUUUGCAACAAUGGAUCCACCAUUUAACAACAAAAAACUUGCCCUGCAUGAAGAGCUCAGAAUACAAAGCAGGAAGGAUUCCAGAAUUGUUUGAUAGGCUUUUCAGUUUGACCAAGACAAAUAAAAUGUAAUUUAUACUUACUGAGAGCUUGAGGUUUCUUUCAUCUGUGAAAUGCUGUAGUGAAAGAGCAUUAAAGGAUGUGUUUUUAUCAAAAGGCAUUAUAAAACACUUAAAAAGUUGGGAAAUUAUA